AUGUUCAUGGCUUUUUCUGAAAUCGCACAACAAGAAAGCCAUAGCAUCCAAUUCUUAGUUCCAGAAAUCGCACAAGAAGGCUAUGGCAUCCAGGAAUCACUAAUUCCUCGAAGAUCUCAUCUUCUUCAAGUAUCAAGAGCAUCAGAAAAUCCUGGUAGAAGAUUUUAUGGAUGUCCAAAUUACAAGGAUGAAAGUAUGAAUUGCAAGUAUUUCAUAUGGAUUGAUGAUGAACUUACAAUCCAAAGGUACAAGGAUCUACUCUUCAAUAUGCACCAUGAUAUGAAGGGUAUGGAAGAUGAGAUCAAAGAAUUAAAGUUAAAGUUGAAGAAAAAAAGCGUGUUUGGAAUGUGAAGAACGAAGAGUAAAGUAUGUUAGGAU